AUGCCCGAUUAUAUGCACGAAGAUGAUAUGUUUUCUCUACAAUAUGGAGAAUUGCCUAGAAAUGAAGAACCUGAAUAUUUGAAGCUAAUAAACUUAACCGAAGAUGAGUGGCAAUUAUUGGAUGAUCUUAUUAUAUUAAUAAAGCUAUUUUAUGAAGCUAUCACAAUAUUUUCUGGUUCCAAUUAUCUUACGUUCAACCUCAUUUAUCCAACAAUGAAGCUACUCAUUAAAAAGUUUAAGCCUUCUAAUAGGCAAACUGAAGCUGAUUAUACAGAUUUGUUAUUUGGAACUAUGGAACAAAUAAGUGAUCAAAACCCUCGAAUAAAGAAUAUGAAUUUUAUUAAUGAUAAGGAUAUAAAGAUAACCACAAUUAAUACAGUGCGAAGACUCUGUUUUGAGGAAGAAUGUCACCAACCUUUGAUUGAAGAAAUUCCAAGAGAUGAUGAAUUUGCUAGAUCUAAUGAUUUAAUGUUAGAUUUAUAUAGUAAUGAAAAAUUAAGUAGUGUAACUAAAGAGAAUGAAGUUGAUCGUUAUAUUUGUAAGCCCAUUCAAAGAAGAAAAUAUGAUCCAUUAACAUGGUGGCGAGAUAAUGCAAACAAAUUUCCCAUACUAUCAAAUCUGGCUUGGAAAUAUCUAUCAGUUCUAGCUAUGUUGGUCCCUUCUGAGCGUUUGUUUUCAGAUACUGGAUUGCAUAUUACAGUAUUGCAUAAUAAGCUUCACUCCAACAUGGUUGAACGAAUGAUGUUUCUUAAACGCAAUAAGCAGCACUUUUCUAUUUUUAGGCCAAAUGAAUUAUAA